GAAGUUAAACAUACAUGUGCACGGUCAGCAUGUUUCAUACGUGAAUGGUUCCAGCGUGUCGAGCGCGUAGUGGCGGAUAUACCGUGAGUGAUAUACAUGUAUUAUUUUCCGUUUGGAGUCCUAAUCUCCCUUGUACAAAGCCCGAGAACAAACAGUGCCAGGAGACGCAAUUAAACUCCUUGGAGAGAAUCCCCACCAAGCCGGGUACUCACGCGCCCAGCUCCUUAGAUCAAAGGAAAGGGUCUGACGUCGGCGUCCCGGGUAUUGGACUCUGUGAAUUACAGACGACUAUUACAGGAAGUGACUGGUACCCUUCAUCUGUAGGGUUCGUCAGGUUAAGCCCGCGACGUACGGGGGUACUCCUUGAUGUAAACUUGCUUACGAGCCAUCGAGCACUGAUCGAGUGUCUGAAGAUCAGUGACGCUACGCGACAAAGAUGCCUUUGAAGCGGUCAGGGAAGUUUUGGUCGAGACUCCAAGGAACACUGUUCUGCUGCUUCAGAUGCUGCAAAGGGGACGAGUUCUGGAGUCAACGGUACUACGAGACCCAUUAUUUAAAAAUAGAAACGGGCCACUGGCAGCGCAGAUUGAGACGCGGGGGGACGCUUUCUGCAGAUGAAAAUGACGGAUUGACAGAGUCCGGUGACAUUCCCAGCGGUUACGGCUCCAUCAUCACUGACGGAAGCGAGUGGCCGAAUUCAGGAGGGGGAAGGACUCAGCACAGCGCGGAGCAACAGAGGGACUCUGGGGUGAUUGUAUCUCGAACGUCCACUGCAUCACGCCUGAAAGCCAGGCUGCGCCAUCGCCAGAUCAGGGCUAAGCACGGGAAAAAUGGAAAUGUUGGUGUCCCAACUCAUCUCACAGCGACUCCUGGUCAGCUGCAUGAACACAGACUACUUCCCAAGGAAAAGAUUUUCCAUGAAAUGGCCCGGACAGGCAACCUGCCGGAAGUUGAGAAAAUGAUCAAAGAUCGAAUCAACGUCAAUUGCAUGGAUGAGAAAGACCGUUCUGCCCUCCAUCUAGCUGCGGGCCAGGGUCACGUGGAGGUCGUCAAGUCAUUACUUGAUAACGACGCCAACGUUGAUGCUGCGGACAAGUUUGGCAUGAACGCACUGCUGUGGGCUGCGUGGUUCGGACAGAAGACAGCAAUUGAAGCACUGUGCAAUGGUGGAGCUCUGGUCAAGGCUGAAAAUAAGCAAGGACUCACCAUCGUCCACUGUGCGGCCUCUCGCGGCCACGUGGACAUCUUGAGGUACAUUGUGGAAAACCUCCUAGAGGAGGACAGCAUGGAUUCCGAUGACGACGAGUCUGGACUCCUGCCGAGCUUUGGGGCAGUGCAAGGAAAGAUGACUGGGCUGUUUGGCGCUGCAGCCAGCUAUGUAGGCCUAAAAGAUAAAAAGAGCCAGGAGGACGCCACAAAGAAGAACAGGUUCCGUCCGGAGAGCUCUUUUUUGGAGCAGCGGUGCACCGGCCAGAGUAACAAAACCCCUCUUCACCUGGCCGCCGAGAACGGCCGCUUGGAAGCCACGGAGUACCUCAUACAGGUCAAGUGCAACAAGCUAGCCAGAACCUCGGAUGGUAGCACAGCCCUUCAUCUGGCUGCCAAGAGAGGCCACAUCGAAAUGGUAAAUCUCCUCCUUGAGAACAACUUGGAAAUCGACAUCAGAAACCAGGAGGGCAUGACCCCUUUGUUGUAUGCAGCCGAGGAAGGGCAUGCUAAUGUCGUUGAUCUCCUUCUCAGGCAGAAAGCGGACUGCAAUGUGAAAGCCAAUGAAAAAAGGAAAGUGAUGGCGGCCGUUCAUUUUGCGGCCCAAAACAACCACUCGUCAGUCAUCAAAGUGCUGUGCAACUUCGGAGUAGACCUGGAUGCCCAGUGUCAGGGAGGCAACACGGCCAUCCAUCUUGCUGCCAUUGCCAAUCAAACUGGGGCACUGGAGACCCUAAUAGCUAAAGGAGCCAAUGUCAAUGUCUUUAACGAUAAGAAGCGUGUCGCUUUGCAUGAAGCCACGGAGAACAACUUGACGGAUGUGGUGGAGACGCUACUGAUAGCUGGAGCAUGGGUGAAUCAAAUCGAUAAAAACGGCAAGACAGCUUUGAUGAUGGCUGCUAGAGCAGAAAAUAUAACCAUCACUGACAUGAUCAUCAAGGCUAGCAGGUACUUCACCAAAAGGAAAAAUGAAAACCGACCCUAUAUCAAAGGAAAGGAGCGCGUUCAGUUCCGCAAAGAGUCAACGGAGGAGCAACGCCAGAUGAAGCCAAUCCUAUGGAAGCUGGCCAUGAAGCAGUUGUCGCAAGCCGAUGCCACACGACUGGUCUUCUACUGGGGGUUCUCUGCUGAACAGAUCAAGGCUGUACAGACUCAGUACACAGGUCCUAAAAGUUGGAAGGAACACACGUACCGGAUGUUGCUGAUCUGGCUUCACGGAAUGGAGGAGAAUCCUUUGAGAGGACUGUACGAGGGUCUGGUGGCAAUUGAAAGGAAGAGUCUAGCGGAGAGUAUCCGAAAGAAAGCCAAUCAGAAGCUGGAGGGCAAAGACGGCUGCUCAAUCUCGUGACUGCCAUGCCGUGGUCUUUGACACCUUGGCCUCAGCAAGAUCCCGACAGUUUUCUUUGACCUUUGUAUUCAUUAAUCCUAGCCCCCCAGGGACCAUUGAAAUCAUGCAUAUGGUUGUUAGAUUCACAAAGUGGUUAGGGUUAAAGGUCAGUCUUUCUCUAUUCUUCCACCCAGUCUACUAUUCAUUCCAUUCCAUUCUACUCAAAUGUUUUGUACUUCUCUGCCUCCAUAGUAAAGUGACGGUAAAGGUGUCACCAGUAAAGAUCCGUGCCUUUGCUAUUCUGAAAGUCAUGUUUUGUUUCCUCCAGAAGUGUGGCUUAUUUAUAUCCAAAAAUGUUAUCGCAUAUUUUUGUAGCAUUAUGAUGAAGAUGUAGAAAUUGCAUUCUGAUUUAACCUGAACAUUGAAGGCUUCUGUAGAAUAAUUCUGUGGUUCCUGUUUCCAACCUGCCCUUGUUUCGGGCUCUGAAUGAGGGGGAAAAAAUGUUAUGUCACCAACUCUUUCUGGAUUUUCUUAUCAAGAAAAACAGAUUGAAAAAAUAUGGGGUAAGCAAGUUUAUUUUUGUUUACCCCCUUUCGCCCAGCCAACCGACUCUCCCUCAAGGGUAAAACAAAUACGCGAACCAAAGAAGUUACUACGGAUGCUCCUAUAACAAAAAUGCCCCCAAACAAACUUGUACCAACGCAGAAGUCUUUCCAGAAUGUUUUUUUUCACUUUUCAGUUUAUUUUAAUCCUAAUAACUUCAAAGAAGUUUGAAUUAUGAGUUUAAGAUGUUUCCAGACAGACAGAGACAGUGACCAUAAUAACAUCACUGAUCAUUAGCAGUGGCCCCCGCCAAUGGCUGUUAGCAGUGUUGAUAAAUAGUGUUUAGAGUCAGAGUUCUAUUGCAUUUGCUCCAUGCAGAACCCAACACAAUGGUUGUAGCCAUUGUAUGGGGCCAUUUGGCAUAUGUUAAGUAACACUUGUCGCUGGAUUCAUCUACUUUUUUUCUCCUUUUCUCUGUGUGCUAAGUAAAAAUCAGUCCACUAAUAUUGUAUUACACAUUCAUGUAGCUCUGCAUUUAAUAACAAAAAGUUAAUGAUGAUAUCACACUUUAUUUGUAAACUUUAACCCUGUGCUAUGUUAAUUUGGUUGUACCUUUCUGAGAUGGGUGUCAUUCUCAAAAGGUGUGACAGGGACACUAAACUACUUUGUAAAGUUGAUUUUUAGGAACAGAUUUGUUUUACAGUUUUCAGACAAAUUGUUUAAAACAAGUGCCAAAUGUGAAAACAUUGUCUGAGAAUUUUUCAAAGCGGAGUUCGGGGUUGGGAGGUUAAAACCCAUUGAAAGGACCCAAAGAUCCCAAGUUGUGUCCUGUUUGUGGAACUGUCGGAAAGAACAUACAAACAGUUGAAAUAUUGGAUCAUAUGAAAUAGUGUCACGUUUUUGCUUCAUUCCGGAGGUGCGACAUUUUCUAUGCAUCUUGCAAAAUUUCUAUCUACCACUAUUCAAAAUAACAUCACGUCAAACAGUACUUUGGCAAAAUCAUUCCGGUCUUUUUGACAAAAAUGAAUGUCUUCCCGACAACCUUUUUAUUCAUCUCCAUACACGUGUGUGGAGCUUUCAAGUACCAUCACAAAAGCACCCUGGGAUUCCCAGCCAAUCUUAUUCAUUGCAUUUAAGUCAAACAGUGCUUUUAGCCUAAAAGAGCUCCGCUUUCUGAAAAAGAGUUGUCAUCCAGACAGAAGUUUCAUAUUGUUUUCAAGGGUGAGUUUACAUUUUGUCUUCCAAAUGGAAAUGUUUUCUAGAUUGAAAAUAUUUGUAUAUAUUGACUGUAUGAAGGUUCAUCAAGUCUCAAAAGAAAGACAUUAUACUUUGUAUUAAUUUAUUUAAUAUUUCCGAAAAUGUACAUAAUUAAUAAACGCAGUAUUUAUCAUAUUUGGUGAAAUGGUGUAUGUACACGGUGGUUACAAGUAAACCUAACUUAACAAAAUAA